ACUCCUGCGAUGGCUUCACUCUAUGACUGCAUAGUCGAACAUGAACAGCCACACAUACGACUUCUUACACUUCUCCCCGCUGAAUCCAAAAUCGAUUCAGUGUGUUGCUCCCUCACUACAACUGAAUUAGCGACUGCUCCGGCUUUCGAAGCUCUCUCAUAUUACUGGGGAGAUGCCACGCAGAAGCAGCAGAUUGUGUGUGAUGGGCAUCAACUCCCCGUCACGGAUAAUCUUCACGUAGCUCUCCAGCAUUUGCGACAUCCAAAAAGCAACCGUACAUUAUGGAUAGACGCAAUAUGCAUCAAUCAAGUAGAUAAGGACGAGCAAUCCGCCCAAGUGGUUCUCAUGCGCGACAUUUACAGACGGGCAGAGCGCGUUUUAGUCUGGCUUGGGCCAGCUACAGAUAACAGCGACCUAGCAUACAGCACGUUGCGGAGACUAAGCGGGUACUCGCCUGAGAUUAUUGAGCGCUGGAAUCAAGAUCGAAUGAGCGCGCUAAAGCUGGGACCUUACAGGAAGACGAUGCAGCGGCUACGCAACACACAAGAAGUUGCGCAGAAUGACGACAUUGAGACCGAUGAGCGCUUUGAGCUGCGAGCUCAAGAAGUCACAGCAUUGCGCGCGAUAUUAGAAAGACCUUGGUGGACAAGGCUCUGGGUCGUCCAGGAAGUCUGCGUGAACACAGCUGUCACACUGAUAUGUGGUCAUGAAACUAUGUCCUGGGACGAUCUCUCUUCCGGUUACGUUGUUGCCAUAUGUGCUGGGGGCAUGCUCACUCACAUUGGUGCAACGCCCUGGAUUGAUUGCUGUAUAAGUCUCUACCUUCUAAAGCUCACUUUCGAUGGGCUACGUAAAGGGAACGAGUCUCUUGCGCAAAUAUCGGACGAUUCGGACGACUCCGACGAUUCGGAUGAUUCGGAAGAUUCGCAAGACUCAUACGAGACUGAGGAUUUUAUUUCGACGUUCGACAUGCGUCGGAUGACAACUUUCACCAAUUCAUUCAGGGCAUCUGUACCUCAGGACAAGAUUUACGGCAUCAUAGGUCUGGCGAAUCUACAUCCACACGAGGAAGGUCUUUCGAUUGUUCCGAACUAUAGGCUCUCAGUAGCCGAGUGUUACCAGGAUGCAGCAUUGACAAUCAUGACGCACUCCGGCAGUGUCAGGCUACUUGAAGAUGUUGCGUUGAAGUCAAGGGCGGAUAUGCGAAUGAAAGGUCUUCCUUCUUGGGUCCCCGAUUGGAGUUACGAUCCCUUCACAUCUUGGGUGAGCAACUCAUGGGGUCCAGCGAGUCCCUUUGCGAAACAUUUGGCUAUCGCGCACUUGACAAGUACUCUUACUUCAGACCUAUUGUUUCUCAGCGCAUGUCCAGAAAGUGAGAUGUGCGUCCCGCGUUUGAUUGAUGGAUCUGUACUGGUACUAGAGGGGUACGUCGUGGAUACUAUCGCAUCAAAAGGUGAACCGCUUUAUGGAGAGCUGCCCGAUGACGACGAGGAAAAAUGGAGACUGUUUAGUGAAGAGCGCACUAGCAUGUCCUUAGUUCAGAGGUUUCAUCUGUUCGUCAAUACGUGCCUUCGCGUCAGUGUUUUUGUAUCGGCAUUACUGAGCUGGGAGGAAUUGGCUUUUGCGGACCCUGCACAUCCAACGAAACGUGAGAGAGAGAUCUACCAAGAAGUCAUGGAAGUUAGCGAUUACAUUGAGAGUCUGGAAACCUCUAUUCAGAUAUACGAAAAGAAUUGGCGCCUAUUGAUAACCUGGCUGCGGCGUCUAGCUUUUCUGCGGGUUUUCGGGCGUAGUGUUGGUACAAUCACGGUAUACAACAUGAUACUGGGCUUCUUUGCAUAUAUCUGUCUCAUUCGGUCAAGAUCAAAGUCACAUCUUGUAACCAUUGUAUCUGCUCUGGGCUGUAGGCUUGCACGAACAACAGGUGGGCGCCUAGCUAGGAUACCUCUGGAAUCUCGCAUAGGUGACAGUGUUGCAUUGCUACGUGGGGGGAAGUACGCUUCGAUCAUUCGUCCCAAGGGCAAUAGAUGGGAAGUAAUAGGACCAGCUUACGUCGCUGGCAUUAUGAAUGGCGAGGCCUGGCAAUCUAGCAUGACUGAGGAGAUGGAGAUUGUUUAG